CCAAAGUUGCCAUUUUGCUGCUGAGCGCCAAGAGAGAAAGAGAGCGCAUAUUUCUCCGGGGGACCCUACUCCUACUGGUGGGUGAGAAAUGGGUGACUGGAGCUUCCUGGGGAACAUCUUGGAGGAGGUGAAUGAGCACUCCACAGUCAUCGGCAGGGUCUGGCUCACGGUGCUGUUCAUCUUCCGGAUCCUCAUCCUGGGCACGGCCGCCGAGUUCGUGUGGGGGGAUGAGCAGUCCGACUUCGUGUGCAACACCCAGCAGCCCGGCUGCGAAAACGUGUGCUACGACGAGGCCUUCCCCAUCUCGCACAUCCGCCUCUGGGUGCUGCAGAUCAUCUUCGUGUCCACGCCGUCGCUGGUGUACGUGGGCCACGCGGUGCACCACGUCCGCAUGGAGGAGAAGCGCAAGGAGCGCGAGGCCGAGGAGCUGUGCCAGCAGGCGGCGGGCGACGGCGGCGACAGGGUGCCGCUGGCCGUGGACCAGGGCAGCGUCAAGAAGGGCAGCAACAGCAGCAAAGGCACCAAGAAGUUCCGCCUGGAGGGCACCCUGCUGAGGACCUACAUCUGCCACAUCAUCUUCAAGACCCUCUUCGAGGUGGGCUUCAUCGUGGGCCACUACUUCCUGUACGGUUUCCGGAUCCUGCCCCUCUAUCGCUGCAGCAGGUGGCCCUGCCCCAACGUGGUGGACUGCUUCGUGUCACGGCCCACAGAGAAAACCAUCUUCAUCCUGUUCAUGUUGUCGGUGGCCUCCGUGUCCCUCUUCCUCAACAUCCUGGAGAUGAGUCACCUGGGCCUCAAGAGGAUCCGGUCUGCCUUCAAGAGGCCGGUGGAGCAGCCCCUGGGGGAGAUCCCUGAGAAGUCCCUCCACUCCAUCGCUGUCUCCUCCAUCCAGAAAGCCAAGGGCUACCAGCUGCUGGAGGAAGAGAAAAUUGUGUCCCACUAUUUCCCUUUGACUGAGGUCGGGAUGGUGGAGACCAGCCCACUUUCUGCCAAGCCUUUCAGUCAGUUCGAGGAGAAGAUGGGCACCGGGCCCCUAGGGGACCUGUCCCGAGCUUACCAAGAGACACUGCCUUCCUAUGCUCAGGUGGGAGCCCAGGAGGGGGAGGGCGAGGAGCAGCCCGUGGAGGAGGGGGCCGAACCAGAGGUGGGGGACAAGAGGCAGGAAGCUGAGACAGUGAGCACAGAGGGGCAGGAGACCAUGGCUGCGCUGGAGGGGGAGAAAGCCGAGACUCCCGAGGUGGGGAAGGAGGGCGGGAAAGAAGAGCUGCAGGCUGAGAAGGUUUCAAAGCAAGGGCUGCCCGCAGAGAAGUCACCUUCACUGUGUCCAGACUUGACCAGGGAUGACACCAGACCCCUGAGCAGGCUGAGCAAAGCCAGCAGCCGGGCGAGGUCAGACGAUCUAACCGUAUGAAGUGGUACCAAAGAAAGAAAGAAAGAAAAGAGGACACCCGAGCUAACAUAGGGCAAGAUGAAACCUAAAGAUGAAACCUCGAAACACCACCAUGAUUUGAGUCUUCUGUCCCUCCCCUCACACCCGCCCCUGGUUGGACAGGCACUGCAGGGGCACAGUACUUGCUGUGCAACUAGGAAACCACAUUUCCCAUAUAAAAGGAUGACCAAGAUAAACCCAUUGUGCCAUCAAAGUUCCCAGUCUCGAAUGACUGCCCUGCCCCUCUACCCCAACUACAAUGGAGAGCUCUGCUUUCAUCCCCAUUUCUCCAUACAAAUCCCUCCAAUCAGAACUGUGGUUGCCUCAUAGCUUUUUGCCAGUCAUGACUCAAGCUCACUAGCUCAGCCAGAUUUUUAUCACCCCAGCACUUCCCUAGCAGACACCACAUGAUCACAUAUCAGAGGGGCCCAAACUCAGAUGUCUAUGGGAUGCAGG